AUGUCGUCGUUCUGGGGUAAGAAUCGUUACGGGGCUACUGAUGUUGCUGCCAAUUUCCACUGUGCUUGCUCCUGUUUGUCUGACCGGAGUAUUGCGUGCUUCGCAGGUGUAGAAGUGAAGCCCGGGAAGCCCUACACUCUCACACACGGCGACUUUGUCGGCCGCCUGCGCCUCACCCAGGCGACGCUAGGGGUUGAGGUCGGUAAGGGGGAGAAGGGUACCGGCGUGAAGAGGUGUGUGCUACAAUGCAGUGCCGAAAACAAAGAUCCCGUUUUCCUUUGCGUCCUCAUGCCCGAGCAGUCGGAGACAUGCCACCUGGAGCUAGAGUUUGAGGAGGAAGUCACUUUCUCAGUAAUUGGGUCGAGGAGCAUCCACCUCGCUGGAUACUAUAUGACUGAUGUGUGUGAGGAAGAUAGGAGUGACAGUGAUUCUGGGAGCGAUUCUCUUCAAGGUUCAGAUGAGGAUGGUUUCUUGGAGGAUGAUGAUGAUGGUAACAUGGUUAUGGGAUAUUCAGACAGUGAAGAUGAUGAUUCAGAAUAUGAUUCAGAGUCUGAUGAUGAAGAGAUGGCAUACAAUCAGGGUAGGGGCAAAAGUUCAGUUGUUAUUGAGGAAAUUGAAGAGGAUGACAAGGCUGCUGUUGCUGAAGUGCAGAAGGGAUCGAAGAAGAAGCAAAGCCGUGAAAAUGGUGAUGAGUCUCAACUUCAGCUUGAUGCAAGAAAUCCACCUACUGAAUCCUUGGAAAGUGAAGAUGAAGAUGGUUUUCCUGUAUCAUUUUCUGAAUCAAAGAAGAGUUCUGAGAGUGUUUCAAACAAGAAAGGUGGAAAAGACAAGGAGACUAGCACUGAAGACCGGAAAAGAAAAAGUGGAACCAUUAGCGAUCGUGGUGACUCUUCAGGGGAGGUAAAGGCUGAAAUUGAUGGGGCAUUAUCAAAGAAAAAGAAAAGGGCCAAGGACAAAAGCACUGCUAUGGACACGGGAAAACUAAACAACGAAGAAAAGGAGAUUAAGCAACACGAUUCUCCGGCUGAUCCUGUCAGUACAAAACAGAAGAAAAAGAAAAACAAGAACAAAAGUGCUUCUGAGGGUGAUGCCAGUGAGCAAUCUGCUAAGAACAACAAUAUUCAUAAAGACAAUGAGGAGGCAAGUGCACAGGAGGCUAGUAAAAAGAACAAGAAAAAGAAGGCAGAUGACAUAAACAGAAGUGAAAGUGAGGCAGCAACUGGACUUGGUGAGUCAGAUAGCAAGGAGCCACUCCAAACACGAACGUUUGCCAAUGGUAUGAUAAUUCAGGAGGUAGAGAUGGGCAAACCUGAUGGUAAAAAAGCCACCCGUGGGAAGAAGGUUUCUGUUAGAUAUAUUGGCAAGCUAAAGAAUGGUACUAUUUUUGACUCCAACGUUAGUGGAAGACCUUUUGAGUUCAGACUAGGUGUUGGGCAGGUUAUCAGUGGCUGGGACGUUGGCGUCAAUGGUAUGCGGGUUGGGGACAAAAGGAGACUCACCAUUCCACCUUCCAUGGGGUAUGGGAGCAAAAGAGUGGGGCAGAUACCACAGAACUCAACUCUCAUCUUCGAUGUGGAGCUGGUGAACGUAAAAUGA